AUGGCCUCGGCCCCGAUCUCUGAAUCAGCAAUUCCUGUCGUCGACUUUGCCAAGUGGGCCGCCGGCGGACCCAGUCGUCUGCAAAUCGCACAGGAUAUCGUCGCCGCUUGCAAAAGAGUGGGGUUUGUCUACAUCGUCAAUCAUUCACUACCAGAGCAUCAAAUCGACGAGGCCUUUAAAUGGUCCCUGCGCUUCUUUGACUUGCCGCAAGAAGAAAAACUCAAGGCGCCUCAUCCCGAAGGAUGGGCUGUUCAUCGAGGCUAUUCCUGGCCAGGGCUUGAGAAAGUGUCGCAGGCGAUCAGUGCUGACAAUGACCAGGAGCGGGCGCAGCAAUUGAGAGAAGUUCCCGAUAUAAAGGAGAGCUACGACAUCGGUAGCGAUGAGAAUUCUACCCAGCCAAACCAGUGGAUUCCGGAUGAAGCACUCCCUGGUUUCCGUCAAUUUAUGACACAGUUCUACUGGGACUGCUUUCGCGUAGGAGGCGAGAUCCUUCAAGCACUCGCGGUGGGCAUGGGACUCGAAAACGAGGAUCAUCUGCUAAAGAAGCACUCGGGGCAUAACGGCCAACUGCGUCUUCUCAAUUACCCUCCAGUUCCCGCCGAGGCACUGGAAACAGAACGAGCCGCACGUUGUCCCGCCCAUACAGACUGGAGCUCUAUAACUCUACUUUUCCAGGACGACUGUGGCGGGCUGGAAGUCGAGGAUGUGACGAGCCCUGGAAAAUUCGUGCCAGCAACGCCCAUCAAGAAUGCAAUAGUAAUGAAUGUUGGAGAUCUACUGCAGAGAUGGAGCAAUGAUCACCUACGAUCAACUAGCCAUCGCGUUACGCUACCGCCAUUGUCGGAUCGAUUUGAGGGUAAACAGCGCAUGACUCGUAGACGGUUUUCGAUCCCGUAUUUCCUAUCGCCAGAUCCUGACUCGGUGAUCGCCUGCAUUUCUUCUUGUAUGGGCAGCAACGAGCCGCCCAAGUAUGAACCUAUCACGCAGGCUGGGUAUAAUCAGAUGCGAGCCUCUAUGCAAUAUUGA